AAUUUCGACCGGCUGCAAUUUUAUAAAAACAAAGCUCGAGCCUCCAGAUGGUCUAGGCUGUUGAAAGUUUUUAUUUUAAAUUUUUGCGUGUCCACUUCUACCCUCACCCCAUUGUUUAAAACAUUCAAUUUUAAAAUGUCUUACCUACGCAAUUGUUUGAGCCUCAGCCUUUGAUUUUGAGCAAAAGAGGGGCAUAAGAAAAAAAAUGGGAGUCAAACUUAAAAGCAGGUCAAAAAGGGUUGACCUGAAGGAAAAGCUGAAAGAGAAUUGGCUGCUUGUGGGAAUUUUAUUUGCCAUUAUUUUUGCACAAAUCGAUCCUUCAAUUGGUUCUAGAGGAGGAUUACUUCGCCCCGAGAUCACUGUCAAGUAUUUUUGCGUAGCAGGCAUUUUUUUCAUCAGCGGCCUUUCGUUAAAAAGUGAGCAGCUUUACUUAGCAAUUCGUCAGGUUCGGCUGCACGUCUUCAUCCAGUGCUUCACUCUGUUUUUAUUUCCACUGCUGGUGCAAGUUUUUGUAUUUUUCCUGAGGCCUCUUGGGCUCAAUGAAUGGAUAGUCAAAGGACUGGUCACUGUAAGCUGCAUGCCGCCACCCGUGUCUUCUGCAGUCAUUCUGACCCGAGCCGUUGGAGGAAACGAAGCUGCGGCAAUUUUUAACUCAGCCUUUGGUAGUUUUCUCGGAAUCAUCGUUACUCCUCUCACUCUAUUAUAUUUUCUGGGGGUCUCAACUCUGGUGCCUCUGGUCUCGACUGUGAUUCAGCUCGGCAUGACUGUUCUGCUCCCAUUACUGUUUGGCCAAAUUUCCAGGAGGGCGGCUGGAAACUGGGCCCAGAAAAACUCGCCUUUGCUUGGCUUUCUCAGUCAGCUGGCUCUGCUGCUGGUUAUUUAUGCAACCUUCUGUGACACUUUCAUCAACGACGCUGGACACAUGGACGCGAGUGAUAUUUUGUUUGCCAUUCUAUUUGUUGUGCUUCUACAAGUUGGUCUCAUGUCUCUGGUUUUCUCGAUAACCAGCAGACUUCACCGAUGGUUCUCUCCGUCGGACGUUGUUGCAAUUUUAUUCUGCUCCACACACAAAUCUCUAACUUUAGGCAUUCCAAUGUUGCGCAUUUUAUUUGGAGGCUACGCGCACUUAUCUCAAAUAUCUCUGCCGUUGCUGGUUUAUCAUCCCACACAGAUCUUGCUUGGCUCUAUUGUGGCUGCCCCUCUUCGAGAGUGGCUCCGUGAUAGCCACCACAAGAGUCAUUACUCACUAGGAAUAUGAAUGGUUUAUUAAAAAUGCAUUUUCAAAGGAUAUAACUCUUGAAAAUAAACCCAUCACUAAAGUCUGGAGCUAAUUUAUCUCUGAAGAUAUCUUGACUUUUGAUCAAUUGUAUCAUAACAAUAAAGGCAAAUAAACUACACGA